AUGAUCUCGCCAAGGUCGUUUCCCUAUCUCCAGCACCCUCCGCCUUCGCCACGCACCAGACCACAGGAGAAGAUGGGCACGCGAACAGCGAGAAAUCCGAGGACGCCGCUCUCACAACGCACCACCAAUCCCGCAUGCACACCCAACACGCUCUCACAACGCACCGUCAAUCCCGCAUGCACACCCACCACGCCCGCUGAGCCCGCCGACAACAUGUUCAAGCACUCCAGCCCCGUCGUCAUACCGCCGCGCACGCCCACCCGAGCUUCUUCCACCCAGACAGUCCGCGCCAAGGGCCAGAACGGCGGCAGGCCAGCACGCUCGGCCAAGAGCCACAACCCAGACGCCCUCCCGCCAGCAGUCGCCGCCCUGCUCGCCAUCACCGCCAUCCCCAGGCACCCUCCGCGCCGCCGCAAGCGCUCCACCCCAGACAGGAACAUGUCCAUGGAUGAGCUGAUCCAGGAGUGGAAGCAGGACGACCUCGACAUUCCCUCCUCACUGUCCGGCUCGCCCAUGGAUCUGCUCUUGGGCCGCAUAGACGAAGCCGAGUCCGACUACGGUGGCAGCCUGCCGAGCCUGGAGCAAGAGAGGGACCGCUUCAGUGCCUCGAGAUCGGUAUCCAGCGACUCACUGUCGACAUUGCCUCCAUCGCUCGACUACGACGCUCCGUCGUACGCGUCGCAAUGGGACAACCUCAGUACACCAGACUCGAUGAGCCGCAAGUCUCUCUCCGAGCGCAGGGAAAAAGUAUAUUCGUCCCCUCCAAAGGAAGACUGCGCACUGGACCACCCGCUCCUCCACUUCAACGUGGAACAGUCAGAGGAGCUCACAGAAGCCAACGUGCCACACGUCAUGACAGUCUCCCCCCCGAACGAGAGGUUCAAGUCGUUCAAGUCCAACCUCACGGCGUCACUGCAGGCUCUGCGGGAAGCGGCCAAGUCAUUUUCCAACUUCACUGCACCAAGCGUGCCGCCCGACGACUUUCUUACUCGAUCGCUGUUGUCGCCCAAAUUCACCAGCGAGAUGCGCCCCAAACACCUCGAGGAACUGCCCUCGCCAGAACUCCGCCGCUAUCUCAACCCGCAGCCGGCUCCCAUCUCCCCCACGGAGCUGUCCAUGCAGCUUCAUGAUGCGCUCAUGAUCGACACCGAUGCCGAGACCCACGCGCCGAUGAUCCAGAUGCAGACGUACGACCGACGAGGUCGGUCAUCGCGCAACCGACGCAAAGUGGACCCGUGCUCUGAAGCAGGGCGGCUGCAAUCACCCACCCCGUCUGUCCGCCAGCGCGAGCCCCGCGAGAACAGCGACUUUUUGCGUGUCAUCGUGCUGGAGAUGAACAUGCGCCGGGUUGGCAAGCUCGACGCAAAGGCCGUCGGCAAGGCACGCAUUUGGCUCCCGCCGAGGCAACUGAGCUCUAGCAAAGCACCUGCCUUUCAGAGCGCAAGCCGUGUGCCGAGCAGAUGGACUGGCAUCGCGGCCUGA